GUGUUUUAGCCCCGGCGCUCCAGUUGCCCCCCCCCCCCAAAAGCUCCCGCGGAGCCGCAUGACGCACUGGAGCUCCACGGAAGACUUGGAGUCCCAAGGCUCGCCCCCGGAGUCCUUCGCCUACGUCGAGUCUUCAGACCCCUCCUUCAUCAACGCAGGGGAGUCGGGCUGCACCAUCGACGCCGAGAGCCCCGUGAGCUCCGCGCGGGAGUGCUUGUCGCCCGACGAUGUGCGGUGGGGCCCCAGCGAUGAAGACGACAGCGUCAUCGACGAGGAAGGGCCGGACGUGCCGCCUCUGCCCAGUCAGGUGGAGCAGGAGAUGGAUGAGCUGCUGGCGCGGUCACGCGAAUUUCAGAGCACCGGCUCCUGGAGCGAGGUCCAUACGCUCUCGAGCUACCAGUCACCCCCCCGGCGCCCCAACAUGGUGUACUUCCUCACCCUGCAGGAGCAGCGCUUGGCCACGGCGCCCAUCGAGCCGCCCGCCCCGAGCCCCAGGCGCCGAAGGCCCCGGCGCCGCCGGAACUACGAGCUGGACGCGCAUUGCUGCCUCCGGGAGGCCCGCAUCGCCGAGGAGGUGUCUGCGCGGCGCAACGGCACGCCCCCCAGAGCCACGGAAGAGGUGCACAAAGUCGAGGAUCGGCGGCUCUUGCUAGAUAAGCUGCGGCCCGAGGCGCGCGCUUGGAGUCCUCUGCGCGCCUCUAGCCCCAGGAAGACUCCCGGAGGCACCGCCUCCACUUGGAUGGGCUCGGAGAUGGAGGUUGAGCCGCCCAACACGGCCUCCACAGAUGCGCGGGAGGCAACGGAGCUUCCAGGCCUGCGCCUCACUGGCUCACGGCUGGUGACCACCAAGGAGCGGCGGCGCUGCAAGGUGCCCUGGCUGCCGCCUCUGCGGCAGGUGCCAGCGCCGAAGCACAGCGUGCUCUCGGCCAGAAACAGCCGCUGGAUGCAGGAGCCGCUGUGAAGUGUACAGAGCGUGGUACAGAGCGGCAGCGCCACUGCUUUGUCGACUGUUCUGUCAAAAAGUAUUGGGG